AUGAGUGCGUGAGCGUCUUUUUCUCCUCCCAUUGCUGCUGCUGGAUGGCUGGAUAACACAACUGACACGGGAGAGUGAGUGAGAGAGGCUGGGUGGACGGGACGGGAGGGGACGGGAGGGGCGUCUCUGCUCUGCUGAUGCAGAUGCACACGCCGAGGUGGGGCUCUGGCGGGUUGCUCACACACAGACACACACACACACACGCACGCACACACAUACACGCACACAGAGGUGGCUAGAUGGCUGGCUGCACAUCUCAUUUUGGCAUGGUUCAUCGACUGCGCUGCGUACUUUUUUGUGCGUGGGCUGUAUGUCUUUCUGUACAAACACACACAGCACGAGCCAACUUUUUGAGGUGGAUUGGAUCAUGUUGGCAGUGGUGGCGAGAGACACACGGACCUAUAUAUAUGUUAUAUAUGCACCGCACCCAUCUUGUGCAGCAUUGGCUGGCUGACUGAUGUCAGCCAUGGCAUGGCGGCCACCCAUCCACCAUCGAUUCACCCACGCGGACAGACACGGUACGGACUGACAUCCUAUGCACACAAUCUAAUCGGCACACACAGCGCCCCUCCCGCAGUCACACAGAGGACAAAAUAGGCGGCGGGGCACCCACGCACUCUUCCCUCCUUCCCUCCCUCGUGCUUGUACCUGUCUUGUCUAUCUAUCUAGCUAUAUGUUCAUCUUUUGAGCUGCCGCAGCUCCCGCAGACUCGACCGCACCUGACACACAGACACACAGAUGGAUCGGUGGCUGGAUGGAUGGAUCAAUGUGCUGCGCGAAUCGCAGCCACUGACCCUGGCGAUGGUGGCGUCGAGUUCCAUCUGGCGUCUCUCGAGCUCCAUCCGACGCUUUCGCUGAGCUACCGUCUUACCUGCACACACACACACGCACAGGCCACAAGAAGCAUACAACAAGCCAGGUGGCCAUUCUGCCGCCACACACUCCACUCCGACCUGCGCUGCCCGAUGGGAACUUGCUGAGCUCAGAGUCGAUCAUGGCAUUCUCCAUGUUCAAAGUCUGUGUGAGACAACCAACCGACGAACAAGAACGAAUGCGUCAGUCACCUGCCGCGUGUAUAGCAGUGUCACCCCCUUUCAUGCUGACUGACUGACCAGCAGCUGUUGCUCGAGGCUCUGCAGCCUCUCGCCCUGCUCCUUGACCUCCCCCAGCCCCAUCCCCUGGUUCAGAGCCGCACCAACGCCCGUCGCCCUCCCACCCAGAUUGGCACCCGCAUGGGGACUGCUGCCGCUCAACUCCCCAGACCACCCACCAGCCGUCGAUGGCCUCACACCACCACCACCACCGGGCUGCUGCUGUGGGGGCUGCUGGUACACACUGGCGAUGGGUGGUGGCGUGACGGUACUGGUGUUGACCUGGUGGCCCAUCACGCCGCCGUAGUCUGGUGUGGGCGGCUGUGAGGGGUAUGGGUUGCCGUAUGGUGGGGAUGGCUGCUGAUGAGCCAGGGGUGGUGGUUUGGAGGGCUGGAAGGGGGAGGGCUGGGAUGGCGGUGGGAGGGGCGGGGAGCGACCCACAUCACGAUACAGAGAUGGGUAUGCCGGCUCAGCUGACAGACGGCCCUCUGCAACACGGAAUGCUUGCAAUGAGGUUGUGUGUGCAUUUGUAUUCCAUGGUACCUUGUCCGGACAGCUGUGUGACGUAUGGGCUCUGGGCCAUGGCUGGUCCGCCCACAGGCGGGCUCUGUGGUGGCUGUGCCUUCUUGAGUGCGUGCAGCUGCUGCCUGAGGUCGAGCAGCUCGUUGGACUGCUCCUGCAACUGACGCUGGGCCUUCUCGUGCUGAUCCCUACAUAUAUGCACACACAUACACCAAUGGAGUCCCGUGCUCACUCCUGCACCCACUUGCACCCACCCCACCCACCCGCGGACCCACCUGUAUCUCUGUGCGUCGCGCAUUGCAGUCUCAUUCUGGGCCGCCAACGAAGCCGACUUGCGCCUGGGACAGAUAGGGAGACAAACGGAGAAUACCGUAGACUUUCAAUCAACGAAGCAAACGAGCCCACCCCACCCUCUUGACUCACUUUUCGUUUUCUAGUUCUCCCUUGGCCUUCUGCGACUCUUUGCGCAUCGACUCGCUCUCCUGCAUCGUCUGAAAAGACAAGAGAAACAGACAGCAGCGGCAUGGCCUUUGCAACCCACGUCUGUCUGUCUGUCUGUCUGUCUGUAGGUUUGUAUGUGAGGUGGUGGGUGAGUGGAUCAGAUCACUGGACCUACCUGUGCCAUUUGUGCGAGUUCGUGUUUCCUGGUUUUGUCUCGGUCCUUCAUCUGGUCUAUCAGCGUCUCGUUCUUCGACUGCAACUCCUCACUGUCAGUCGAGUCAGUCAACCAACGGCAGCCACACAAAGAGACAGACACCCAUCUUCGAUGAUAGAUAAGUGCGUGUGUGAGUGAGUGAGAUGGGCGGCUUGCGUCAUUUGCUCGCUUAGAUACCAUCUCUUGGCUUCCUCCUCAGCUUUCUCCAGGUCAGUCUUGAGCUUCUUGGCCUCCUUGCUCAAACUCUCGUACUCACCCUCAAGCUAACACCAACACACGCCCACACACACACGCGGAGAGACACCAUUUGGGUCCCGAGAGAGUGCGAGAGGGGUGUGGUUUGAUGUGAUAUAGACAAGCACCUUGUUGAGGCUCUGUGUGGCGGUUUGGUGUUUGGUCUGGAGCUCCUUGAAGUCGGCCUGCAGAUGCUGAAUCUCACGCUCCUGCGUAGUCUGACAGACAAUGGCAUGCUCGAGCACAGUGUUGCUUGUAGGAGAGAUGGCUAUCUGUCUGUCUGUGUGUCGUCCCUCCCUCCCUCCCUCCCUCCCUCGUUCACCUUGGUCUCCUCUAGCGACUCCACCUGCCCCUGAAGCACCUUCUGCACACACGUACCAGGCCAGGUGGGUGCACGCACACGGCUCGCUCAUUGGAUGCCCCACUCUCCCCCCACCUUUGUGUGUGCGAGUGCGGCGCAGUUGGCCUGGACGUCCUCGUUCUCCUUCUCGAGUCGUCGCACGGUGUCCUUGUGUGCGGCGAGCAGUCGCGUGGCCUCCUCAUAUGUCUCUUGCAGCGUCUGGACAGUGCGCAUGAGCUCCUCCUUCUGCUGCAGCGUCUCGUCCAGCCGCUUCUCCAACUGGUUCUUGCGCAACAUCACCAUCUAUAGAGAGGGAGAGAGGGACACAAAGGAGCAAACGAAUCAAGGACUGGCGCACUCUUCAUGUCUUGUUUUCGCUGGCUCUCUGACCUCGUUCUUGGCGCUGAAUUCGGUGACUUGUCUGUUUGCCGCCUCCAGGUUGGCCUGCAGGGACGACACCUUGCUGUCCAGCUCACGGGAAGACGACUUGGACUCACUGCAUCCGCAGGGAGGGAGGGGAGAGAGGUGUGGAAGUUUCCUUUGCGUAUCGUCGUGUUUACGUGGUCUCUUUGGCGGCUUCCUUCUCGAGUAUGCGCAUCUUCCGGUCGCACUCGGCCUUGACGUUGUCGAUCUCCGCCUGGGCCUGCCGACGAAGCUGCACAUGCACAGAAGCACAGAGACACGCACGUCCAUUCACACAGAGAGAAGUGUGUUGUCUUUUGAAACAUAACCCGCACACACACCUGCUGUAUGCGUUGCUCUAACUGCUGGGUGUAGAACUCCCUCAGCCGGGCCUCGUGCUCUUUCUCCUUCUCCUCCAGCCAACUCUCAAGCUCCUCCUCACUCUUGGACCCACCUCCUACCCCACCCAAGCCGCCACUCCCACUGACACCCACGCUACUGCCCACAUCAGGGGGCGACCGAUCCUCCCUCCGAGGCCCACCAACACCAACACCCGCACUCCCCCUCUCGCCCCACGCCUCACGCGCCCCAGCCGAUCCCCGACCCUCACGUGUGCGCAAAGGCGGCGCACGGGGCGACCGACGGCUGGGCUCUCCUGGGGACGGUGAGGGCGGCAGCCGUCGGCCUGCGGGGUGGAGGGGAGGUGAGGGGGGAUGAGAGGGCAUGCGGCCGCCGUAGCUGUACGGCAUCUCCUCCUCCUCAUAGGAUGCAUAAAGGUCAUAGGCGUACUCGUCCUCCAUCUCCGGCGAGGAACCGUAGUAGUCAUACGACGAGCCGUAGCGGUACUCCUCCUCUCUCGGGCUCCGCCGGUACUCAUAGAUGGGCUCGUUGUAGUCGACUACAGGGUCAGAGAUGGUGUGGUGGGGGUCCCUCCCCCGCCCCCUGCCCGGCGAGAGCCGUCGUGGCUGCUCGUGCGGUUGGAAGUACGAGGGUGGCGGGUAGAGGUCACGCUCGCGACGGCCGGUGGGCGGCAGGCGCGCAGGGAGGGGGUCCUGGUACCUGGGAGGGGGGCCGAUGGAGGGGUAAGGCGACUUCGGCCGGAGAGCCGUCUCGGAUGCUGACUUGCCGCUGCCCAGAGAUGGCUCUGGUUGAUUGGUCAACAUAACAAAGAUGGGGCCAGACAGCGAUUGAAACUGGGCCUCUCCGUGUGUAUGUGUCUCACUUGGUCGAGGUGGCCUCUGAUCACUGCGAUGGCCGGGUGGCGGCGCUGGCACUCUGUCAAUCAUGUCUAGAAUGAGGUCCACGUCCCUCUCGUCCCUCACUGCAACCCUCUCCCUCUCCCGUGAGACCCGCCUUCUGGUGUCCCCAUUAUAGGUCUCCUCAGGGUGAUCCUCCUCCACAGCUACGCCCACAUGCUCCUGCUCCGCGGCUGCACAACACACACACACGGUCAGCAAUGAAGGCGAAUCAUUAUGUCAGCUGAUCUUCUGUGGUCUCAGUCGCCUACCUUCGCUGGAUGCGCCUCUAGCGUACUCCCGCACGUCCCUCUCCACAUCCCUUUCGUCGUCAUCUAUGAUCUCGUCCCCCUCAUCCAUAUCAGCAUACUCCAGCCCCUCAACAUCGUCUCCCACCUCCUGCGACCUUCGCCGCUCAUCGGCCUCGUAAUGUGCGAUGUCCUCGCGUGGCAACGUGUCGGUGUGAGAUCUCUUGAAGGGCCCGAAGUUCGACGGUAGGCGGUCAAGGGGGCGGGAGGAGGGGCGGGGAUGCAGGGUGGGGUCCAGCGAGAAGGCCCUCUCGGGCAACGGACGAGGGAAGGGGUGCCCUGCACCACACACAGCAACAGAUGGACAAUUUCUCAUGUCUGAUCCAUCGAAACGACUCCUUGGUGUUCUCUUGCCGAGACCACCACCAUUCUGCCUCUGUAUGUGCCCUGCUCUUGCCAUCUUCCCUCGCCCUUCUCUCCCUCCGCGCCCGUGGCCUACGUGAAUUGGAGAGGCCUUCCGUGUGACUGCGCGUGUAUGGCCGCUGAGCCUCAAGGAAGUCCGUCUUGAUGGACGUCAUGACCUCAAACAAACACUGAGGCCGCGGGACU